AUUUUUCAAGUACUUGUGUUCUUGCUUUGUUAAAUAUUUCAAAAUGGUUUUUACAGCAAAUUUUUAUAGAUACAGUAUUUUGUUAUUUGUUUUUGAAUAAAAUACAUUUUUCAUGGCACAGUUUAUUGACAAAGUUGACAUAAAUGCAGUUAUUGACCAAUUUGUUACUAAUGGUUACGCUGUAAUAGAAGACUUUUUAUCCUCUGAUGAAUGUGAUCUUUUAAGAGAAAGAUCCAAACAUUAUAUUGAAACGCUUGAUAUUUCAACUCAUCCUCGCUCAGUUUUUUCAACUGAAAACCAGAAAAAUGAUGAAUACUUCAUGACCAGUCAAGAUAAAGUUCGUUGUUUCUUUGAAGAAGGAGUUUUUAAUGAAGAUGGCACACUAACAAAAGAUAAACUUUUAGCUGUCAAUAAAAUUGGUCAUGGUUUGCAUCAUGUUGAUGAUGAUUUUAAAAAGGUUACAUUUCAUCCAUUAAUACAGAAAGUAAUCAAAGGAUUGGAUUUUUUUGAACCAGUUGUUGUACAAAGUAUGGUUAUAUUUAAGCAAGCACACAUUGGAGGUGUAGUUCUCCCUCACCAAGAUGGAACGUUUCUUAUUAAUGAUCCUCCUAAAGUUGUUGGGGUUUGGAUAGCCCUAGAGGAUGCAACAGUUGAUAAUGCUUGUCUGUGGUUCAUUCCUGGUUCACAACACAAUCCAAUUACCCGGAAGAUGAUCAGAAAUCCCACCAAUGAUGGAAAUAUUUUUACUGCACCGCCUGAUGUAUAUGACAGUACGAAGUUUGUUGCUGCACCAGUUAAGAAAGGUUCUGCUAUAGUUAUCCAUGGUCAGGUUGUCCACAAGAGCGAAAAAAACGUCUCUGAUCAAUCUCGUUUUAUUUACACUUUUCACAUAGCUGAGAAAAAAGAGACUAUCUGGAGUGAUGAAAAUUGGUUACAAGAAACUGAUUCAUACAAAUUUCCGUACCUUUACAAUUGAAAAGUGUCUGGAUUGUUUAUGCAUACGAAUUUUUACUUGAUGAUGUAAACUAAUUAUAUGUUAAAUUUUAGUUGCUAUUUUUAUAUAGGAGAAAUUUUUAUUAAAGACAUAAAUAUAAUACAAAGAAAGCAUC